UGCUGUGAUGUCAGAGGGUCACACAUAGGUGCUAAGUCGGAUCGCACUCCCGAGAAGCGCACGGUUUGGAGAGGGGGCCGCUCCUCCCCGGCGCUAACGCCGCCUCCCAGGGCAACGCAGAGACGCGGGCCCGCCCGGCAUGGCAGCCAAGACGAAGGGGAAGGAGAGCCGGCAGGAAGAAGGCCAAGAACAAGAUCCUGUAGCUAGAGAGAUUACGGCAUGGACGUUUCUUUCUCUUCCCCAAAUCGGUUCUUUGUCAGAACAAAAUAUAGAGGGGGUUCAAAAAAAACUGGAAGAGUUUCUGAAUUUCAGACAAAUUAAGACAUCUUUGAAGGAAGCUGUUUUACUAGAUUAUUAUGUGUCGGGAUUUUGGUGGGCUAAAGAGAUGGACUUCACUCAUCUACAGCUCUCAGGGUUCAUGGCCAUCUUAAACUUUCUGUUGGAGAACCUCAGCACCAAACAUAUUACGCUAGAAGACAACAUAAAAGAGCUUGGGAGAGCAAUGGCCGGAAUAGGGGAGUCUCAUUCAGAAAAAAGUGGUGGCUUGGAUUUCUUCAGUGUUGAUCAAGCCAAGGCUAUAAUCAGUUACUUGAAGAUCAGUUUAUUUCAACACUAUAAACUAUAUGAAUAUCUUUUCCACAAACCCAGGGAAGAACUUGUAAUAGGCGAUGAGCAGAAUGUGGUUGAACUUGUCAAACCAAUGGAUACACUUUUCCCUGCUCCGCUAGAAGAAGGUAUAUCUUACGAUAUGUAUUCAUCAUUUAUUGCAUUACCCCCAGAAUCCGAGGUGGAAACUGAGGAAAUCAAUCAAGAAUGUCAUCCAGAAGGGCUCCAACCAGAAACAGAAUCCUUGGACAUAGAUCCUAUGGCUGGGUUCACCAUUGAAGAUGUUAAGUCAGUAUUGGGUCAGGUCACAACUGAAAUUAUUGGCAGCCUUCAGACUGAGAUAAACGAAAAACUGCAAAUGCAGGAAGAGGCUUAUACUGUGAGAAUAGACAAAUUAAAAAAUACCUGAGUAGCUGAGAAGUGGUGCCGAGCUUUAGAGAAAUCUAUGAAAACAAAAGAAGACAGUUGGCAUUCAUUUAAUUUUUUUUUACAAAGGAAACUAUUGAGCUAAUGUUUGAGAAAAUAUUCAUCCAAAUUUAACAACUUUACUGUCCCCAUUAGCAUUUAUAUUUACUCUAUACUUAGUAAGAUAAAAGGAUUAGAAGGAUAUGUAGUUCAAAAAUAUAAAAGUGAAGUCUACUGCUAAAUAGCAAUUUCUGAUAAAAUUUUAAACUUCUCAGUAAUUCCACUCCUUUGUGUUCCUCCUAUUAUAAAGUACUCUUAAAUAUGAUUCUAGCAUUCCACCUCCCACUCCCCCCCCAAUCUACAAUAUUUUCAUAAAUUUUCACUGAUGGAGUUACAUAUUGUUGGUUUACAAUAGAGAACACCAUAUGAAAACAUUGCAGAUAUAUUAAGGAGAGAAUGUCAUUAACAUGUAAUUAUACACUUUUGAUCUACGAUUAUUUUCUUAAGUUCAUAUUAAUUUUUUUGCUGAACUUGUUAAAAACGCUAAUAUCAUAUAACACUUUUUUAUGUCCACCAUAUCGAAAUUACAUAAACAUAGGACUGGAUCCUACAGUUCUUUCUCAGACAUAGCUGCUUCUGACUUCAAUAGGAGUUUUGUCUGAAAAUUUGUAACACUUUAAUUCUGACUGUAUUUGUUACUUCAAUAUACAUUAGCAUUGUUCUGUAUUUUGUCACAUAUUGUAUAAAUGUUGGUUAGCCCAAAAUGAAGCCUAAUUGUGUAAUAUAUUCUAGAACUGUGAAACCCAUUCAUUUUUACAUUACACAGCUCUGACCCUUUGAAAGCACUUGGUUAAAUAUGAAUCAUGCUUCUAAGGUUAGGCUAAAUAUUAACUGGAAUAUUGGAAAACAACAUUUUAAGCAGUAAAAUUACAUAUUUGUUUCUCAUAACAUGUUAAAGAAAUGAUUUCCAUUCCAUCCACAUUUAUGAUGGUGAAAAUAAAUAUUAAUGAAAACCCUGUCUAAACCUGAUUAAGCAA